AUGCUCAUCACCCGAGUCCGCCCAGGUCUCUACCUCCCGACCUGCGCGAUUCUGUGGUCUGGCGUCUCCGCCGCGACAGCCGCAGUCACUAGCCCGGGCCAGCUCUUCGCCGUCCAGUUCGUCUUGGGUAUCAUCGAAGCUCCUCUGUUCCCCGGUGCCGUCUACCUCAUGUCGUGCUGGUACACCCGCAGAGAACUCGCCCUCCGCACCGCGCUUCUCUACUCCGGCCUAGUCCUCGCGCAGGCCUUCUCCGGCCUCAUCGCCGCCGGCGUCUUCUCCGGCAUGUCGGGGGCCGCUGGCGUCGCCGGCUGGCAGUGGCUCUUCAUACUCGAGGCCGCGCUUAGCGCCUUCUUCGCCCUGACUGCCUACUUCAUCCUGCCCAACUACCCGCACUCCAAGACCGGAGGCGCCAUGUGGUCCAUGACCGAAGACAUGCGGCGGAUCGCCGUGGCCCGCAUCGAGGCCGACCGCGUGGAGCAGCCCACCGACUCGAGCGUGUGGCAAGGUCUGCGUCUUGCGUUGACGGAUAUGAAGACGUACAUCUUUAUCUUCAUGAACAUCUUCAUGACCUCUUCCUACGGCUUCAACAACUUCUUCCCCACCAUGGUUCGCGGCUUCGGCAUGGGCAGCAGCACGAUGGCCCUGGUCCUCACCGCACCGCCCUACAUCCUGGGCACCGCGGUGUCGUUCGGCGUGGCGUGGUCCUCGGACAGAAAGAAGGAGAGAGGCUUCCACAUCAUGGCCAACAACUGCAUCUCCAUCGUCGGCUUCAUCAUCUCCGUCGCCACCCUCAACACCGCAGCGCGCUACACGGCGGCGUUCUUGUACACGUCGGGCUCUUUCUCCGCCAACGCCCUGGUCUACACCUGGGCCGUCUCCUCGCUCAGCCAGACGCCCGAGAAGCGCGCAGCCGGCGGCGCCAUCGUCAACAUCAUGGGCCACCUGGGCAACGUCAUGUCGCCCUACUUCUUCCCCGACAGCGACUCGCCGCGCUACACCAUGGCCAUGAUCCUCCAGAUCGUCUUUGCGGGCUUGACGUUCUGCACGGCCUUCACGUCCAAGACGUACUUGCGGAGGCAGAACAAGAAGCUGAGGGCCACGGCGGACGAGACUGGUGCCAUGUACAACCCUUUUACGACGUAA